CACAUGACAUUUCAAUGCAAUGCAAAAAAUAAACAAACGGUUCUACCGAUUUUAGCCAAAAAUGUUAAUUGGUUUGAAAAGGACAUCGGUGUUAGCCUUGUAUUUUAGUUUAUUUAAGCCUUCUUCUAUCUCAGCGCAAUUCGCAAACAUGUCCUCUGGUUCUGCUGAUGCCGACAAAUACUCAGUAGCAUAUGUAACGGUGCCCAGCGCAGAGGUGGGGAAGACUCUCGGUCACGGUCUCGUGAAGAACAAGCUGGCAGCGUGUGUCAACAUCAUCCCGCAAGUCACCUCCAUCUACGAGUGGAAGGGGGAAAUCAAUGAAGACAAUGAAGCUCUCCUUAUGAUCAAAACCAGGACUUCUGAAGUUGACCGUCUGACAGAGUAUGUCCGCUCCAACCAUCCGUAUGAAGUGUGCGAAGUGAUAUCAUUGCCAAUCAAGAAUGGAAACCCUCCUUAUUUGAAGUGGAUCGGGGAAAAUGUUAAAGAAAGUCAAUAGAUGUAGGUUCCAGUCAUACAGCCUUAUUUAAAUAUCUACUGGUUUAACUGGCAUAGUUAUUCAGUCUUUUGUCUCAGUUUUGUAGAUCAAAAAGUUAGUUUUAUCUUGAUAAGUUAUAUUAAUAAGUGCAUUUUCUUACUUAUUUUUGUGUUAAUAAAUAAAAAAAUAUUUAUUUUAUGGAUAUCAA